AUGCGGUUUUCGUUCGGUGCGCGUGAAGAGUGUGACUACACAAGCUGUUAUUGUGAAGAGAACGUAUACAAGCUAUGCGAGCGAGUGCCUGUGGAUCAGCGCUCACGUUUCUUCGCUGUUUUUGUCUCGAAUGCAUCGAAAUGUGUGCCAUUGUUUGCCCAGAAAGCUGCUAAAGAAAGGCCUUUUGUACUUUGGGAUUAUCAUGUUGUACUUGUUGAAGUACGUGAUGUCGAAGAAUCCUUGGUUUGGGAUCUUGAUACUAUUCUUGAAUUUCCAUGCACUUUUGAUCAUUAUUGGAUUGCGACUGUUCAGCCAGAAGGAUGGAACAUUGCUCCUGAAUACAAGAGGUUCUUCCGAGUUAUUCCCUGCGCCGAGUUCCUCAGUAAUUUUUCGAGUGAUCGAUCGCAUAUGAUAGCCGAAAAUGGAUCGUGGAUGGCCCCUCCACCACAAUGGGAAAAGAUCUACAAGAAUGGACUGAAUAAUAUUCACGAUUUUAUCUGCAUGGAUCCGAACAUACUUUCUGAAAUCAGCACUGUUCUUGAUGAGAACGAAAUGAUGCUGAAGUUUUCCAAUCAUUAG